GCAGGACUUAAUGCAAAUGAGCACAGAGGAAACUGUCAGCUGCAUUAUGCAUCCGACCAAUAGAAACACAGCUCCAUCUUGGCUGUGCACUAGACUGCAUUACAAACAGACGAUACCAUCGCUUCAACAGCAUCUUUCCAGACAAGAGAUUCCAAACGGCACUACAGGUGGCCUCAAGGAUGGCUUCCAGCCACUGGAAUGAAACCACAACCUCUGUGUAUCAGUACCUUGGAUUUCAGGUCCAGAAAAUUUACCCUUUCCAUGAUAACUGGAACACUGCCUGCUUUGUCAUCCUGCUUUUGUUCAUAUUUACUGUGGUGUCCUUAGUCGUGCUGGCUUUCCUUUACGAAGUACUUGACUGUUGUUGUUGUGCUAAGAACAAAACCGUGAAGGACUUGAAAAGUGAGCCGAACCCUCUCAGAAGUAUGAUGGACAACAUCAGAAAACGUGACAGCGAGGUGGUGUAGCCCUCAAGAAGAUGAACAAAAGCUUUAAAAACAGCCUUCUGCCUCUUCUGGGGAAAACAACUUCCUGAAGCCAACCAUUACUACAAAAUUGACUCUGACUUUGAAUAGCUAAAAGAUUUCUAGUAGAAGAAAAAACAAGUGAAAUGUGCACUUUUGUGUCUCCUUCAUUAAACAUACAGUUCAUAACAUGAACUUAGCAGUCUACUUAAUACAGCAUCAAAAACUAGAUGAACUA